AUGUGUGCAUUCAAGGCAUUUCUAUCAAAGAUAGAGCCAAAGAAGGUAACUGAGGCAUUGCUUGAUGUUGACUGGAUCAUAGCUAUGCAGGAUGAAUUGAACCAAUUUGAGAGAAGCAAAGUAUGGCACUUAGUUUAUCUUCCAAAAGAAAAAUCAGUAAUUGGGACUAAGUGGGUGUACAAAAAUAAAGUUGAUGAGCAUGGAACAGUCACAAGAAACAAGGAAAGACUGGUGGUUCAAGGAUACAAUCAAAAAGAAGGAAUUGACUUUGAUGAGACCUUUGCUCCUGUAGCCAGACUUGAAGCUAUAAGACUACUUGUUGCCUUUGCUUCUUACAUGGAGUUUAUUUUGUAUCAGAUGGAUGUGAAGAGUGCAUUUCUGAAUGGCAUUCUCAAGGAAGAA